GUGCGCGGUGACGUGGACGUCCGGUGCGUGCGCAGGCUCUUCAGCUGAGGCGGACACACGGUGUGCGAACCCUUCAGAAUAACCCGCCCCUACAGGGGUAUGAAGGACUCGGGGUGAAGCCGACCACACCCCGCACGGAUGGGAAGGUAUUUGUGACUAUGUGUUGACUACAGUUUUCUUACUACUGAAUUUCUCACUGGAAUCAUGGAAGAGAAACAGCAAAUUAUAUUAGCCAAUCAAGAUGGCGGGACAGUGACAGGAGCGGCACCCACCUUCUUUGUCAUCCUAAAACAGCCAGGAAAUGGCAAAACUGAUCAAGGAAUUUUGGUUACUAAUCGAGAUGCUUGUGCUUUGUCAAGUAGGGCGCCAUCACCAGGAAAAUCUAAAGGGAAGAUAUGCCUUCCGGCUAAUUGUACUGUGGGAAGAAUCACUGUUACCCUUGAUAACAAUAGUAUGUGGAAUGAGUUUCAUAAUCGAAGCACAGAAAUGAUUCUGACCAAACAGGGACGGCGCAUGUUUCCUUAUUGUCGCUAUUGGAUAACAGGCUUAGAUUCAAAUUUAAAGUAUAUUCUUGUAAUGGACAUAUCUCCUGUGGAUAAUCAUCGUUAUAAGUGGAAUGGCCGUUGGUGGGAACCCAGUGGGAAGGCUGAACCCCAUAUUUUGGGGAGAGUUUUUAUUCAUCCAGAAUCUCCUUCCACAGGUCAUUAUUGGAUGCAUCAACCAGUAUCUUUCUAUAAACUCAAACUUACCAACAAUACAUUGGACCAGGAAGGGCAUAUUAUCUUGCACUCUAUGCAUCGUUACCUGCCAAGGCUUCAUUUGGUGCCUGCAGAAAAGGCUACAGAAGUGAUUCAAUUGAAUGGCCCUGGUGUUCAUACUUUUACUUUCCCCCAGACUGAAUUCUUUGCAGUAACAGCUUAUCAGAACAUUCAGAUUACUCAGUUGAAAAUAGAUUACAAUCCGUUUGCCAAAGGCUUUCGGGAUGAUGGGUUGAGCAGUAAGCCCCAGAGAGAUGGAAAACAAAGGAAUAGCUCUGAUCAAGAAGGGAAUAGUGUUUCUAGUUCUCCUGGUCAUCGUGUUCGUCUCACAGAAGGUGAGGCAUCAGAGAUGCAUUCAGGUGAUUUUGAUCCUGUGUUAAGGGGUCGUGAAACACCAAACCUAGGUUUGGAGAAGCCUACCCAUAAUGUAAAACAAGACUUUCUUGGAUUUAUGAGUACUGAUUCAACAUUUGAAGUUCCUCAAUUGAAACAUGAGAUUUCUGAAAGUCUUAUUGCAAACAGUUUUGAAGAUGACUCCCAGAUUGCCUCACCAUUAGACCCAAAUGGAAACUUUAAUGUCGUCAUUAAAGAGGAGCCUCUAGAUGAUUAUGAUUAUGAACUUGGUGAAUGCCCAGAAGGGAUCACCGUGAAACAAGAAGAGACAGAUGAGGAAACGGAUGUAUAUUCAAACAGUGAUGACGAUCCUAUAUUAGAGAAACAACUAAAGAGGCACAAUAAGGUUGAUAACUUGGAAGCUGACCAUCCAUCUUGUAAAUGGCUGCCAAGUAGCCCAGGUGUUGCUAAAGCUAAAAUGUUUAAGUUAGAUGCUGGAAAAAUGCCAGUAGUUUACCUGGAGCCAUGUGCUGUCACGAAAAGCACAGUGAAAGUUUCUGAACUGCCUGAUAAUAUGCUUUCCACGUCUCGAAAAGAUAAAUCUCUGUUGGCAGAAUUAGAAUAUUUGCCUGCGUAUAUUGAAAAUUCAGAUGGGACUGGCUUUUGCUUAAGCAAAGAUUCAGAAAAUAGUCUCAGAAAACAUUCAUCAGAUCUCAGAAUGGUACAAAAAUAUACUUUACUUAAGGAGCCUCAUUGGAAAUAUCCUGACAUAUUUGACAACAGCAGCACGGAAAGAACACAUGGCAGUUCAAAAGGAUCAGUUGGAGACUCAAUUUUGGGAAAAGAGGACUUAGGCAAAAAGCGAACAUCUAUGCUUAAAAUGACAACACAGUCAACAAAGACUGUGAGUGCUAGUCAGGGUGCCUCUCUAAAUACUCCUGGAAAAAGAGGAAGGCCGAGAAAAUUGAGACUCUCUAAGGCAGGACGACCACCUAAAAACACAGGGAAGUCUUUAACUGCUGCAAAGAGUGUUCCUGCAGGCUCUGGGAAUACCUUUCCUGAUGUGAAGCCUGAUCUGGAGGAUGUGGACGGUGUGCUCUUUGUCUCCUUUGAAUCCAAGGAGGCUCUGGAUAUUCAUGCAGUUGAUGGGACAACAGAAGAACCUUCUAGUCUUCAGACCACAACCACAAAUGAUCCAGGUUGCAGAACAAGAAUUUCCCAGUUGGAGAAGGAAUUAAUAGAAGAUUUGAAGUCUUUGCGGCAUAAGCAGGUGAUACAUCCUGCUCUGCAAGAAGUGGGCUUAAAACUGAAUUCAGUGGAUCCAGCAAUGAGCAUUGAUCUUAAAUACUUGGGAGUACAACUGCCUUUGGCUCCAGCCACCAGCUUUCCUUUAUGGAAUGUUACAGGAACCAACCCUGCGUCUCCUGAUGCUGGGUUUCCUUUUGUUUCUAGGACAGGGAAGACCAAUGAUUUCACCAAGAUUAAGGGAUGGAGAGGAAAAAUUCAUAGUGCUUCUGCAUCUAGGAAUGAAGGUGGAAAUUUAGAGACUUCGCUGAAAAACCGUUCUGCUUUCUGUAGUGAUAAGCUAGAUGAGUACUUGGAAAAUGAAGGCAAGCUGAUGGAAACAAGCAUGGGCUUCUCUUCCAGUGCCCCCACAUCUCCAGUGGUGUACCAGCUACCCACCAAGAGUACCAGCUAUGUUCGAACUCUUGAUAGCGUACUAAAGAAGCAAUCUGCCAUUUCCCCUUCUACCUCUUACUCUGUGAAGCCUCAUUCUGUAACCACUGCCUCUCGAAAAACAAAGUCUCAAAAUAAGCAGACAACACUGAGUGGCCGAACUAAAUCAACUUAUAAGUCUAUUUUACCAUAUCCUGUUUCGCCGAAGCAGAAAAACUCUCAUGUGAUCCCAGGAGAUAAAAUUACUAAGAAUUCCGUAAGUACAACCUCAGAUAAUCAGGUGACUAACUUGGUUGUGCCAGCUGUAGAUGAAAGUCCAUUUCCAAAGCAGAUUAGUUUGCGGCAGGCGCAGCACCAGCAGCAGCAGCACCAGCAGCAGCAGCAGCAGCACCAGCAGCAUCAGCACCAGCACCAGGGAACUCGCUCUUCAGGCUUGUCAAAAUCUCAAGUAAAGCUUAUGGACCUGGAAGAUUGUGCACUCUGGGAAGGAAAACCAAGGACCUAUAUUACUGAAGAGCGAGCAGAUGUCUCCUUGACAACUCUGCUUACUGCUCAAGCAUCUCUCAAAACUAAGCCCAUCCACACAAUCAUAAGGAAACGGGCUCCUCCAUGUAACAAUGACUUCUGUCGACUGGGUUGUAUAUGUUCUAGUCUAGCUUUGGAGAAGCGCCAGCCUGCUCACUGUCGUCGACCAGAUUGCAUGUUUGGUUGCACUUGUUUGAAAAGAAAAGUUGUGUUGGUUAAAGGGGGAUCUAAAACAAAGCAUUUCCAUAAGAAGGCUGCUCAUCGAGAUUCAUUAUUUUAUGAUACAUCGGGAGAGGAAGCAAGGGAAGGAGGAGGAGUCAGAGAAGAUGAGGAACAAUUGAAGGAGAAAAAGAAGAGAAAGAAGCUGGAAUACACCGUAUGUGAAGCAGAACCUGAGCAGCCUGUUCGACAUUACCCAUUGUGGGUAAAAGUGGAAGGUGAAGUAGAUCCAGAGCCGGUUUAUAUCCCAACACCUUCUGUCAUCGAACCUGUGAAGCCAUUGGUGUUGCCUCAGCCAGAUGUAUCUUCUAAUGCCAUGAAGGGCAAACCACCUACUGGAAUUAAACCAGCCCGAGCGUACACUCCUAAGCCCAAUCCUGUGAUAAGAGAAGAGGACAAAGAUCCAGUCUAUUUAUACUUUGAAAGUAUGAUGACUUGUGCCCGAGUUCGAGUGUAUGAACGGAAGAAAGAGGAGCAGAGACGGCCAUCUCCACCCCUGUCCCCAUCUUCAUUAUUUCAGCAGCAGAGCUCAUGUUAUUCUAGUCCUGAGAACCAUGCUACAAAGGAACCAGAUUCUGAACAGACCUUAAAGCAGCUUAUUUGUGACUUGGAGGAUGAUUCUGAUAAAUCACAAGAAAAGAACUGGAAAUCCUCCUGCAAUGAUGAGGAGCCCUCAUCUGCCUCCUACGCACGUCAGAGGUCACCUGGUGGGGAGCCCUCGUCUGCCUCCUAUGUACGUCAGAGGUCACCUGGUGGCCCCACCAAGCUGAUAGAGAUCAUCUCAGACUGCAACUGGGAGGAAGACCGAAGCAAGAUCUUGAGCAUUUUAUCUCAGCACAUCAAUAGCAACAUGCCACAGUCACUUAAGGUGGGCAGCUUCAUCAUUGAGUUGGCUUCUCAGCGGAAGUGUCGGGGUGAGAAGAAUCCUCCUGUUUAUUCUUCUCGUGUGAAAAUCUCUAUGCCAUCAAGUCAAGACCAAGAUGAUAUGGCUGAGAAAUCUGGAUCAGAGACUCCUGAUGGUCCAUUGUCCCCUGGGAAAAUGGAUGAUAUCUCUCCUGUGCAGACAGAUGCCCUGGAUUCAAUGAGGGAGAGAUUGCAUGGAGGCAAAGGUUUGCCUUUUUAUGCAGGGCUUUCUCCUGCGGGGAAGCUUGUGGCCUAUAAACGUAAACCCAGUUCAACCACAUCUGGGCUUAUCCAGGUUAAUGGUAAGAGUUACCCGCAGGCUAAGUUGCUAUUGGGACAGAUGGGGGCAUUGCAUCCAGCCAAUAGGCUAGCUGCUUAUAUCACAGGCAGGUUGCGACCCUCAGUCCUGGACCUCUCAACCCUCAGUACUGUCAUCUCCAAGGUAGCAUCCAAUGCCAAGGUGGCUGCAUCCAGGAAACCACGCACCCUGUUGCCUUCAACAUCUAACUCCAAAAUGGCAUCCUCUGGCCCAACAACAAAUCGCUCUGGGAAGAAUCCGAAGGCAUUUGUUCCAGCAAAAAGGCCAAUUGCGGCUCGGCCGUCGCCUGGUGGUGUGUUCACACAAUUCGUGAUGAGCAAAGUUGGCGCCUUACAGCAGAAGAUACCUGGAGUUCGCACACCCCAACCCCUGACAGGGCCACAGAAGUUCAGUAUCAGGCCUUCUCCAGUAAUGGUCGUCACACCUGUGGUCUCUUCUGAGCCAGUUCAGGUGUGCAGCAGUGUGCCUGCUGCCAUUACUACUUCUUCUCAAGUGUUUUUAGAAAAUAUUACUGCUGUGACAUCUAUGACUGCUAUUUCUGAUACAGGAGCUAAAGAAGCUACUUUUUCUUCUGGUGCCUCUGCUGCUGGGGUUGUUGAGAUCUCUGAAACUAAUAACACUACCCCUGUAACAUCUCCCCAGUCUACAGCCACUGUGAACCUUACCAAAACUACUGGGAUAACUACUAGCCCUGUGGCUUCAGUUUCAUUUCCUAAAUCAUUGAUAGCAUCCCCAACUAUACCUCUUCCUGUUGCUUCCACUGCCUCCACCUCCAUAGUCAUGGUGACCACAGCUGCAUCUUCCUCUGUGGUGACCACAUCAACGUCAUCGUUGAGUUCUGUACCUAUUAUACUCUCAGGAAUUAAUGGAAGUCCACCAGUGAGCCAGAAACCAGAAAAUACCCCUCAAGUUCCAGUGACUACACCACAAAUCUCUCCUAAUAACGUGAAACGUACGGGCCCUCGGUUGUUGUUGAUUCCAGUGCAGCAGGGCUCUCCUUCGCUUAGACCAAUCCCAAGCCCACAGCUUCAGGGACAGCGGAUGGUCUUGCAACCUGUUAGGAGUCCAAGUGGAAUGAACCUAUUCAGGCAUCCCAAUGGGCAGAUUGUCCAACUCCUACCUUUACAUCAGAUUCGAGGCUCUAAUACCCAGCCCAGCUUACAGCCUGUCGUGUUUCGGAACCCAGGAUCUGUGGUGGGAAUCCGUCUACCAGCUCCUUCCAAAUCUUCUGAGACCCCAUCGUCUUCUACUUCAUCCUCUACCUUCUCUGUCAUGAGUCCUGUAAUUCAGGCUGUUGGGUCUUCUCCGGCUGUAAAUGUCAUUUCUCAGGCACCUUCAAUGCUUUCCUCUGGAUCUAGUUUUGUCUCUCAGGCUGGUACACUGACCCUGAGGAUUUCUCCUCCUGAAGCUCAAAAUCUUGCAAAUAAAACAAGCUCUGAAAGCAAAAUAACACCCAGGACUGGAGGGCAGCCUGUUGGCACUACUAGUCUCAUUCCUCUGCAGUCAGGUAGCUUUGCCUUGUUGCAGCUCCCCGGACAAAAGCCUGUUCCUAACUCUGUUCUUCAGCAUGUUGCUUCCCUUCAGAUAAAAAAGGAAUCUCAGAGUGCAGACCAGAAAGAUGAAACAAACUCUAUCAAAAGAGAGGCGGAAACUAAGAAAGUUGUACUAUCAAAAGAAGAUGCUGUAAGCAAGCAAAACUCAGGAAUUAUUGCCUCAGAAGAUACCUUGAAUGAUUCAUCAGAUGAUGGAGAUGAUCUUUUCGGUGAAGAAACCCUUAUGGAAGAUACCAGACCUUACGAACACUCCUGUAGCACCAGGUCACACACAGAUGAAGACAAAGAUGGUGAUGAAGAAUCUGGGAACAGGAAUCAGAACAGGCCAAAGGAAAAAGAGACUGUUCCAGAAAUUAGGGCUGUUUCUGAAAAGGUCAAUAUUAGGACAGUCCAGAAUGUAUGUAAAGUACGGUCUCAAAAAUGUGCUGAGGUGAAGAUGGAACAGCAGCAGGAAUUACACAAUCCAGAGGACCCAGAAGAAUUUCUAGUCAUCUCUAAGGAAGAAAGUAAAAUUGAAUUAGCAGGGAGCCAAGUUAAGGAACAGCAUUCUAACUCACAGAUGGCGGCCAAGGAUUAUGAAGAUUCUUUGGCGAAAGGCAGUCUUAGAGCGAGAUGGAGAAAACACCCGAAGGGCCCUUUAACUCAGAAGUACAUUGGAAUUUCACAGGAAUAUAAGAAAGAGGCAAACUUGCAGUUCUUUACAGAAACGAAGCAAUGCCAAGAAAAUUCUGAACAGGACAUCUCCGACUUAUUUGCAAAAAGUGGAACUAUUGAGAGUGAUGGAGUUUUAAAAACUGAAGAUAGUUCUUGGAGUGGCAUUUCUAGUUCUGCAGCCUUCUCUAUUAUUCCUAGGAGAGCUAUAAAAGGAAGACGAGGGAACAGACGUUUUCAGGGUCACUCACUGCUCCCAAGAGAACAGAUAAAACCAAAGCAAGAGACAAAGAGUGGGAGAAGCAGUGCUGACUUCACUGUUUUGGAUUUGGAAGAGGAGGAUGAGGAAGAUGAGAACGAGAGAACGGAUGAUUCUAUUGAUGAGAUUGUGGAUGUUGUUUCUGGCUACCAGAGUGAGGAGGUUGAUGUAGAAAAGAAUAACUAUGUAGACUAUAUUGAGGAUGAUGAACAGGUGGAUGUUGAGACUAUAGAAGAACUCUCAGAGGAAAUUAACAUUACCUACGAGAAGACAACAGCACCUCACAUACAGUCCUUCAAACAGCUGUGUCAUAGCCAUAUCUCUGCAGAUGAAAAAGUCUUUGAAAAGAGUCGAAAGGUUCCAUUAAUUUCUCCAAAAUUGAAAGAUGAUUGCUGGAAUGAUAAGCCACAGAAAGAAACAGAAGCCUUUGCCUAUUACCGUCGGACACACACUGCCAAUGAGCGGCGGCGGCGCGGUGAAAUGAGAGAUCUCUUUGAAAAAUUGAAGAUUACAUUGGGAUUACUUCAUUCUUCCAAAGUUUCUAAAAGUCUCAUUCUUACUCGGGCAUUCAGUGAAAUUCAAGGACUAACAGACCAGGCAGAUAAAUUGAUAGGGCAGAAAAAUCUCUUGAGUCGAAAACGAAAUAUUUUAAUACGGAAAGUAUCGUCUCUUUCAGGUAAGACAGAAGAAGUGGUCCUGAAGAAGCUAGAGUACAUUUACGCAAAACAACAAGCACUAGAGGCACAGAAAAGGAAAAGGAAGAUGGGAUCAGAUGAGUUUGGUGUGUCUCCCAGAAUUAGCAAACAGCUGGAGGGAUCUUCUACGUCAUCUGUAGAUCUUGGACAGAUGUUCAUAAAUAACAGGAGGGGGAAACCUUUGAUUCUUUCCAGAAAAAGAGACCAGGCCACAGAAAAUGCCUUGCCUUCUAACACGCCACACUCCUCUGCCAACCUGGUAAUGACUCCACAAGGGCAGUUGCUUACCCUAAAAGGCCCCCUAUUCUCAGGACCCGUGGUAGCUGUUUCUCCUGCUCUCUUAGAAGCUGAUCUGAAGCCUCAAGUUUCAAGCAGUACUAUGGCUCAGUCAGAGAAUGAUGACUUAUUUAUGAUGCCACGAAUUGUUAAUGUGACAUCAUUGGCGGCAGAGGAAGAUUUGGGAGAUAUGGGUGGCAGCAAAUAUGCUCAUGAAGUUUCUGAUGGCAAGCCACUUGACCACCUGAGAGACAUUGUUGGGAAUGAUGCUAACUCCUUAAAAGAUAAAGAUAAAAUCCCUUCCAGAGGAAGCCAUAGAGAUUGCAGAAUAGCACCUGGUACAACACAAGUAUUUUUGGCAAAUAAAGAUUCUGGGUUUCCUCAUGCUGAUGUUUCUAGUAAGAAGGCACCACAGGAGUUUAUACCUAAAAAGAUUUCUGGUGAUAUGAGAGGGCGUCGAUAUAAAUGGAGAGAGUGCGAGGUGAGAGGAGAAAGACUGAAGUCAAAGGAAUCUCAAUUUCAUAAACUAAAGAUGAAGGACCUCAAGGACUCAAGCAUAGAGAUGGAGCUGAGGAAAGUAGCCUCAGCUAUUGAGGAAGCAGCCCUCGAUCCCAGCGAGCUGCUGACUAACAUGGAAGAUGAGGAUGACACUGACGAGACACUUACUUCACUACUCAAUGAAAUUGCCUUUCUUAAUCAGCAACUGAAUGAUGACUCUGGCCUGACUGAAAUGCCUGGCUCUGUGGAUACAGAGUUCCCAGGGGAUCCUCAGCGAGCUUUUAUCAGUAAACUUGCUCCUGGGAACAGAUCAGCUUUCCAAGUUGGACACUUGAGAACAGGUGGGAAAGAGUUGCCUGAUGUCCAAGAGGAGAGUGAAUCCAUUAGCCCCCUCCUCUUGCACUUGGAAGAUGAUGACUUUUCUGAGAAUGAAAAACAACUUGGGGACACAGCCUCUGAGUCAGAUGUCCUUAAGAUUGUUAUUGACUCUGAUAUAAAGGAUUCUCUUGUUUCCCGCAGGAAACCUAGUGAUGGAGAGCAGAGUACUUCUGUUCUCCCUGCAGAGACUGACAGUGUAUCUCCACCUCCCAUCUUACACAUGAAGACUGGCCCAGAGAACAGCAACACAGAUACUUUGUGGAGGCCUAUGCCAAAGUUGGCCCCUCUGGGUUUAAAAGUAGCUAACCCCCCCAGUGAUAGCGAUGGUCAGAGUCUCAAGGUGAUGCCUUCCUUGGCACCUAUAGCUGCCAAAGUUGGGUCAGUUGGACACAAAAUAAACUUAACAGGGAGUGACCAGGAAGGCCGAGAGAGCAAAGUGAUGCCUACAUUGGCACCUGUUGUGGCUAAAUUGGGCAACUCUGGAGUUCCAUCAAGUUCUUCAGGGAAAUGAACUUGUUCAUCCUUCUGCAAAAGCCAGGCUAUGAGGGGGAAAUUGAAUUUCAUCUCCUUUCUCUGUAGGCAUCUGUUUGUCUUAUGGAAUUGUAAUCCUUGACUUUGA